ACAUCGAUGCAAAGACAAAGAAGCUAGACGCCCAAACACAGGACAAUGUCUCAGAUUGGUGAGUGACCUCAAGCUGAACAAAGACUCGAUGUGGUGCGUGUUGGGGAAAGAAACUGUCUACCUGGGCCUGUUGUCAGAUUCGGGACGUCCGUGUUGGUCAGGGAUGAUGACAGCGGUUGAGAGCUUGAGCCCAAGACAAUCGCAGAUUCGAACAAGUCAAAGCGAGCGGACAGAGAAGGGCGAAGCAGAAUGGAACCUUUCUGACUCGGAGACAAAGGGCACAAAGACAUUGUUCUGCUGCUAGAUCAUCAGAAUAUAUGUCAAAGACUGCGCUCCACUUUGAAAAGCAUAUCCAAGCACCGAACAAGAUUACUUACCUUUGCAAACACCAAGAUUACCGACUAUCGCACACAGGUAUGUGCGGACAAACGAUCAUGGUCUAUGACUGCUCAUGCGGUAAGCUCGUGAGAGCUAUCAUGCCACCUCGGGUCUGUAAUCCUCCUUGCGACGUUCCGAGAGGUGCCAUCACCAUCACGCUGCAUCGACCCUGCGAAGCCUGCUUGACAAACGACAAUGGGGACUACUCAGAGAUUCGACGAGUGAUUGAAGCAAGACGUACGGUCGACUUUCGCGACAAGCCGCUCCCAGGGAUACCGAUGCUUGGCCCGAUCGAAGGACACCCACCACGCUAUACUCAGGCUAUCGAAACACCGCCAAAAUAUGCUCGAGCGAGUGCCAAAGAGCAGCCAGUCGCUUACGACUGCGUCAUGGCUGCAGUCGCGAACUUCCAUCCCGAAGAGAUUGUAAUGGCCUGGCACAUGCUCAGAGCUACCCAGAUGAGACUGCUUCCUCCAUUGACGUUAGAGCUGGAAGCACUUCAGAGAAGGGUUGGCAAGGCAAAGCGCCGACUGCACCGACCGGAAGACAUUGGCUUCUGCGAGGAGGUCAACAUGAGGCUGACGCGUGAGCUAGACAUCCUCGACAAGAACAUCUUGUGGGGUCAAAGGUAUCUCGAUGCCACUCUGGUCUUGAAGUAUGGCCUCUACAAGUGCCAGUUCGCAGCCAUGGAGGCUGUCAAAGCCGGCAACCACGACCAGGCUCGCUUGCAGGUCAAAGCGGCUUCAGAGCACGCUGACAGACUUCUGGAGAUGAAGAUACAACUAUCAAGGCCAAAGCAGCAGCCACGACAACUUGAGCUGUGUAUCAAGCUGCAGAUUCGUAUACUUGAAACGGUUGUUCAAACUCUGGAAGCCAGAACAACCUCCAGGAUACUAGCCUUCAUGCAAGUCGCCGCCCGAUCUGAUUACGAGGUGCAUUGCUGACAUUCUCACAGUCGGCCGGACAUCUUGCGAAGUUGCUUCGGGCGGAUACAUGAUUUGUGCCGGUGUUUGAAGUCGAGCAAACGUUGAAGUUGCCAUGUCGCGCAGUCUGUAGUUUCUAGACCCC